CGUGCAAAACAGUAUAAAAGACACAGAGUUGGAAGUUCUGUAUUGUACGUAAUAACACAAAAUAAACGCAGAGAGUAGAUAUGAAGAGAUCGGCGGGAAACGCAUUGGUAUUGGCUGAAGAGGCUAGGAAGGCAGCCAGAAGAGCAAAGCUGGCCGCGCUGGCGGCUGUUGAAGCAGCAGUAAAGGCUACUUACUCCAACAUCCGCCGCCGCAGAACCCACCCUCCCCAUGCACUUCACAGCAGCGUUGUAAACUCUCAAUUGAAAUCCAGAACGACACCGCUUGCUUCAUCUACGUUCGGCAAGUUCUUCGGUCUUGUUGAUCCUCCUUGCACUGAAAGAUCCAAAAUCAUCUCUCAAUUCACCAAAAUGCAUGUUCGCCUGAACCCUGGAAUGAGGAAGGACCGUUUGUUUGAGCAUAAAAUUAUGCAUAUGGUCAGUUCAGGAAAGAGGAUUGGACUCGAAGAGCUUACCAAGUUUCUGUCCAAGUAAUUGAGACUUUACAGUUCGGGUCUUAAGGUUUUUUAGUCUCCAUCAUUGCUUUGCUACCGCAUUUUCUUUCGACAUAUUUAUGGCUUUGAAGAUUGUUUCAGAUAUGUAUAAACUAUAAUUAAAACUAGUUGGAAUUUAAGCAUUGACAUUUUAAGAUGUUCUAUGCAAAAUCAAAGAAGGUUUUUAUUCCUCCCUC